GCGGGGAGGACCGGAAGUCCGCGCACAAGGUCGUGUCCCGGAAGUGAAGGGGCCAUGUUGGUGGAUGACCCGGGGAGAGGUACCGGGCGAGAGGCGAAUCCCGAAGAGUGGUAGCGCGCGCAGUCCGCGGCUUGACACCCAGUCCCCCAUGGCCCCAUGGAGCCGAGAGGCGGUGCUGAGUCUCUACCGGGCUCUGCUGCGCCAGGGCCGAGCGCUGCGCUACACUGACCGGGACUUCUACCUUGCCUCCAUUCGCCGUGAGUUCCGGAAAAAUCAGAAACUAGAGGAUCCGGAGGCCCGGGAGAGGCAACUGGAAAAGGGCCUGGUCUUCCUCCACAGCAAACUGGGGGGGAUUAUUUAGGACCCUCUUCCAUCCUAAUUCCAAGGGAAAGAGGGCAGAGGUGCCGUCUGUAGACACUGCUGCUCUCUCCUACCCCCACCUCACAGAUGCAGUAAGAAGCCUCAGGUGAGCGAUGGCAGGCGCUGGUGAGCGCAAAGGCAAGAAGGAUGACAAUGGCAUCGGCACCGCCAUUGAUUUUGUGCUCUCCAAUGCCCGGCUGGUGCUGGGGGUGGGUGGAGCAGCCAUGCUGGGCAUCGCUACACUGGCCGUUAAGCGGAUGUACGACAGGGCGAUCAGUGCCCCUACCAGCCCCACCCGCCUGAGCCAUUCCGGGAAAAGGAGCUGGGAGGAACCAAACUGGAUGGGCUCCCCGCGACUGCUGAACAAGGACAUGAAGACCGGCCUGAGCCGCUCCCUGCAGACCCUUCCCACAGACUCCUCGGCCUUUGACACAGAUACAUUCUGCCCACCCCGGCCCAAGCCAUUGGCCAGGAAGGGCCAGGUAGAUUUGAAGAAGUCACGACUCCGCAUGUCCCUGCAGGAGAAACUUCUUUCUUACUACCGGAACCGGGCCGCCAUCCCUGCCGGUGAGCAGGCUCGGGCCAAGCAAGCUGCCGUGGACAUAUGUGCCGAGCUCCGGGGCUUCCUGCGGGCCAAGCUGCCGGACAUGCCACUUCGGGAUAUGUACCUGAGUGGCAGCCUGUAUGAUGACCUGCAGGUGGUGACAGCCGACCACAUCCAACUCAUUGUGCCCCUUGUGCUGGAGCAGAACCUGUGGUCAUGUAUCCCUGGCGAGGACACCAUCAUGAAUGUCCCUGGCUUCUUCCUGGUUCGUCGUGAGAACCCAGAGUAUUUUCCUCGUGGUAGUAGUUACUGGGACCGCUGUGUAGUAGGGGGCUACCUCUCCCCAAAGACAGUGGCAGACACGUUUGAGAAGGUAGUGGCUGGCUCCAUCAAUUGGCCGGCCAUAGGGUCCCUCUUGGACUAUGUGAUCCGACCGGCGCCACUCCCAGAGGCCCUGACUCUAGAAGUGCAGUAUGAGCGUGACAGACACCUCGUCAUUGACUUCCUGCCAUCAGUGACGCUCGGUGACACUGUCUUGGUGGCCAGACCACACCGGCUAGCCCAGUAUGACAACCUGUGGCGGCUGAGCCUGCGUCCUGCCGAGACGGCCCGCCUGCGGGCCUUGGACCAGGCCGACUCAGGCUGCCGUUCUCUUUGCCUCAAGAUCCUCAAGGCCAUAUGCAAGUCCACUCCGGCUCUGGGCCACCUCACUGCCAGCCAGCUCACCAACGUCAUCCUCCACUUGGCCCAGGAGGAGGCUGACUGGUCUUCAGAUAUGCUGGCUGACCGCUUCCUGCAGGCCUUGAGGGGACUCAUCCGGUACCUGGAGGCCGGAGUCCUGCCCAGUGCCCUCAACCCCAAGGUGAACUUAUUUGCAGAGCUCACCCCUGAGGAAAUCGACGAGUUAGGGUACACUCUCUAUUGCUCGUUGUCUGAGCCGGAGGUGCUGCUGCAGACGUAGGGCAGGUGAUGGCCAGAGUUGGGGUUGGGCGGUCAGGCCCUGGCUUCUGCGUUAGAAACACUUGGCUACGUAGUUGGUGCCUCGCUGGGUCGCUCGGUGCCUCCUAUCUUGCUGGUCACCGCCCUGGUCACUUCAUGCUGAUUAGAAUGACAUCUCUUAAUCUCCUAUUUUCUGAAACCCAACCCUUUCUAUUUUUGUUACCAAACACUGUGCUCCUUACUCCUCCCCUGCCCCUGCUCCAGGCUGACUUUUCUGGAAUGAAUUGAAAGGUGGAGCAGUAGCCUGAGCUGUCGAGACCACUUGGUGUUUUGCAGGCGGCCCAUGGUUCUGCUCAUGUCUGCCCUGCCUUGCCUUUUGGCCUGUUCCUCUCGGUGUCUUCUCUGUCUUUCCCUCUUGUUCACGCCUUCUGUUUUGCUCCUUUCUCUGGAGCACACCUGCCUAAUCAAGAUGUUGCCUUUUAGUUGAAAUGUCACUGAAGUUGUGAUUGCCUGUGUCCAGGCUGAACUCGGCACAGAGCACUCAGACAGUAUUUAGGGUUUCUGGGGCGAAAGUGGAAGAGCUGGCCUUUGCCCCAGGUUCCUGGAAAAGAAGCCCAUCCCCCCAUCACCUGACCAAGUGCUCAGAAGGCCUUCCAUGGGAACACUGGUAUUGACCCACACAGGACUGAGGGCUCACGCUGAACUGGGUGCAACGUGAUGGAGAGAUUGUGUUUCUUAGCGGCCAUCAGUGAGAGUGCCGAGUGCCGGGUGGGGGAAGCGGACGUGGCCAUGGGGACCUGGGAGAGUGUCAGUGUGCCUGAGCUCUACGCCCCAUCCGUGGCUGGUCCAGGCCAACGCCACGGGGUGCAGGAGUCACGAGGGAGGGAAGGGCCUGCAAGGGCAGCACCUCUGCACAAGCGUUCUCGUUCACCCGCUUCCUUGCCUGACUGCCAGUUAAGACGAGGCCUUCAAGGACACACCCUUGCGGUCCAGGUUAAAGGGAGGCUGACAGGCGGCUGAAUGUGGCCUGGAAAAUCCAGUCACCAGUUGUGGCUCAGUGACCAUGUUUCUCCCCUGUCAGGCCCUGUCUUUCUAGAAUGUGCCCUUAGAGCAAGAACAGGCCCAGCAGUCUGCCAUAGGAGUGGGAGAGGGCUGUUGGCUGAACUCUCUGGGCACCUCCAGAGGUCAAGGGCAAGCAAACAUGUGCAGGACCCUCCCCCCACCCCAUCACCCAGCAGCUGGGGAGACCGGUGCUACCCAGGAAGCAAGCACGUGGAGAAAACAUGAGAGGGCGGUGGGGACUUCCUCCGUUCCUUCUUGUUUCCUGCUGCUAAAAUUGCACUAUUUAUUGCAAUGUAAAAAGUAUCCUGAAGGUGGGGAGGAGUGUUUAAUACACAAUGCCAGUGCAUCUUCUCGUUUUGUGGUGGUUUUUUUUUGUUUGUGGCAAGAGCCUGAUGAUAAUUCUGUUUCCGAUCUGCCCAUCCAGUAUUUUAUUCUCCUCCCAUCAAGUCUUAUUUUUUCUAUUCUUACUACCUCUCCAUCAGUGAGAUUCUGGUGAAGCUCUGCAGCUAUCUCAUUCCUUCCCAAUGACAGCGACAUGAAAUAACUCUUUAAAUAGCACUGAAACCUCAGCUACUGUCUAGGAAUUUAGGGUAGAGAUGCCUGUCCCCUUUUGUCAUGGCUUAGGAAGCUGAGAACUAGGGUCAACCUUGGCUAUAUUAGGAGAGUCUUCCUGCCUCUUCUGUGUAUGCAAGGAUUUCUUAAAGUGCUUCAGUUGUUUCACUUGUAGGAAGGUAUUGAGAGAAUGAAAAAUACAAAGCCCAGAACCCUGAGAAAGAUUCUCCACCCUGGCUGUUCAUCAGAAUCAAACUAGAAUUUUAAAAAAAUCUAUAUGACUGAGUGCUGCCCUGGGUGAGUGGUGUAGAGGGUACGGACGGGGUGGAGCCUGGCAUGACAUCAGUAGAGGGGAGGGACGGGCAGGCUGAGAAGGUGUUGGAAAAGCAUGGGUUAUUCUUCACUGACAGGAAGGGUUGGUUUUCCUAGUGUAUUAUAAAACCUACAAUUUUCCCAAGCUGGUGUCUCCAACCAAAUUCCAUAUAAAACAUUGGAGACCUCAAAAAGGAAAAGACUUUUUAAAGAGCAAGUCCCAAAUUCUCAAAGCUAAGUGUAAUCGUGAUUUGAGUUUAUCUCCUCUUAAAGAACAUCUUUCUAAGGGCAUCUCUGUCUCUUAACUAUGUCUCACAAAACCAAAAACCAUAACUUUGCCAUGUCACAAGCAAGAACCUUUUAGAAGUCUGCAGAACUAGAAGCAGUGGGAAUUCCUGGCCCUGGUCCUGGUGGUUUUGCUGACCGACGGGGCAGGCCUGAUUGGAAAAUACGGAAAACAGUCAAGUGCUUUGAGAUUCUUGGAUGGAAGAGGGCAACAUUCUGCCCACCUCCACCCCCCGCCCUGCCCCCGUCUUUGGGGAAAGAUGUCGUGCCUUUCCCCGCCAUUCUGCCUUUCUACUCAGUAACUCGCACCUUUCUGGAAGUAAUAGCAUCUGGUCCUACUUUUCCAUCUGGACAUUUUUUUUUGCACCAUCUAGGUUAGCAAACCACUUAGCUAAUGCUUAAAAAAUACACUCAUCAUCUUGAAAAACUAAUCAGUUCCAAAGUGUAUUUUGGUUCUCCCUGUUGCCUCUUCCUAAAAAUUGAGUUCAGGACAACAGUAUUUUUGUAUACUUGGUUGUGACUUUUCUUUUUUCUUCCCCCAAAUAAAAUAAUUGAAGCUCA